GAAAUCCCAAAUCUUACAACACGAAAUUUCACUCUUUCUGGUCGAUCUCUUAACCAAAUAUUUUUGUAAAGACAAAUAUAAAAAUUUUUAUUGAUAAAGACAUACAAUAUGGAGUCAACAAUAUUUGUAAAUAAGGAAGAGGUCCUGACGUGGGUUAACAACAACAAGAAGUCAUAUAUGAAAGCUUUUUUCAACCCCUUUCACGAUAUUUUUGACCAUUAUCUAGGGGAAAUCGUAAAGUACUAAUAAACCAGAGACAAAAGUAGCGGCGGUGUAUUAUUUUUUAGCUUUAUUCCUAAUAAAAUGGGCAGGUACACAUAUAGAAAGUAUAAUAGAAGCACUACUUCAUCGUGAGAGAACUGCGGCAGUGAAAUAUGAACAAAUCAAAAUGCAGAACACAGAAAUUUUGGAAAAAUUUGAGGACAUGAAAAAAAAUAUGGCAGAUGGUAGUUUGACAAAUGGAUUAGUAAUUCAAGAUUUAGAAAAUAGAAUCAGGAAUUUAGAAGCAGACGUAACGGCAAAGAAACGAAUAAUAUUGGAGAAAAGUGAGACGAAUAAUGCUUUAUGGGAAAAAAUAAAAGCGCUAGAAAUAAAAGAGGAAAAGAUGUUUAGUUCACGAUUAUCAUAUAGUGACAUUAAAGACAAAUUUCAUUGGCAAGCGGUUAAACGAUUGGAACUGGAUGUUCAACAUGAUGAUACAACAGUAAUUAAAGAUAUGGUGAAAACUUUUCACGCUUUUUUUGGAAAAAUUAUUAGAGUCAAGGGGAUGCGCUUUAUUAUAUUAUAUUUCAACACAGAAACACAUUUGAUGAAUGCAAUUAAUGAGUCGGCAAAGAUUAAUGACAUUAGUCAGGGAUUAUGGUUAAAAAAAGAAAACGAUUUUAUUGAUGAGAACGGUGAGUUGAAAGAACUCACUAAAAGAUCGAACUACAAGAAUGACGCCUCAAGGUCUAAUGCUUUUUGUAUGAAGUGGGAACAACAAGGUGGUCCAUCAACACAUUCCGCUCUUUCAAGAAGGCACAAUCAAUAG